CCGUGGAGCAACGGAUCGGCGCGCAACGUUGUGGCUCGGUAGGUUGUUGGCAGCUUCCGGUGCUGCUGCUGUUGAGGUGGCUUAGUUCCCGUGCAUGUCAGUCACGUCCGGACAUGGCUGACGUUUGAGGUGCAGGUUUUGUGCAGGUGCGUCUGUGGCAGGGGCUGCAGCAUGAAGUGAGCGCCUGUCGUACGCCAUUUCGUUGUUCGAUGAUUGACAGAAAAGGAUAUCCAACUCGGCUCGGCUCGGACAGGGUGGACGGGCAGCGGAACGAUGGAAUACAUGGCGAGCAAUCGGGAAUAAAACAAAUCACGAGUUGAUUUCCGCAGAUCUACGGUACCGGGAUUUCAAUCCACGGCUAAUGGGGCAGGCUUUUUCCCUUUCCCUCCUACGGUUCCUCCGGGCUUCCAGUGGCCAACCGAUUAGCUUAGCAGAGUGUACGUGAUCGUGCCGGGUGUACGUUCGUGCGGCCGCGUGUGUGAUUGUGUAAUUCUGUGUUUGUUCGUUGGCAGGGAAAGUUUCUUCGUCCGGCCGUGGUCCACAGCCACUCCGGCUCUGUGGUUCGUUUCCGGUGAACAAACAGUAAAGGGCGGUAAGCUUCUUGGCAGAAAACUUUCCCUGUGUUGCUGGCACCGUGUUAGUAAGUGACCAGCGAUACUUUUGCCUGAUUGCUAGCAACUAAAGUAGUGCCAAUAUCCGCAUCCGGCAAUGGCUGCGAAUCGAUCGGAACCACCGAAAAGUGGCAAAUGAAAGUGCAAAUAGUCACGUCACUGUGGCCUCACUGUGUGCGCUGCCACCGGAUCAACUGUAAAAGGUGCCGCGCCAAGUGCUAAACGUAGCUAAGCCUUCAGUCAGACGCCACUUGAAUGGCGAAAGUUGGAGUGCAAUUUAGUGAGUUCAAAAGUGUUGAAAUGAGUGCCAUUUAAGGACGCCACUUCGAAGGUUCACCGGCGAGGAGUGUUUGUGGGCAGAAUACGUGUGUGCUGUGGUGUGCGUGCAGUGUCUCUGUGUGCAUGGCCGUGCGUCCAUGUUAUCGGCAAGAGAAACAUUUCCAGUAAUGUGGAUACAGGAACCCGGUCACAGUGCAUGAGCUUCCUGUUGAUUUUGUGGAAAUACUUAAGCAGCUGACAAAAAGUAGCUCCUCGAUACAAGCUUUGCGUACGAUUUUAUACGAUUCCUACACUCCAAACCGCGUGAUCGUGAAGAUCUGCACCGAGCGACCGGACGAUCGUUGGCAGACCGUGGCGGACUUACCCGGCAUCCGUUGCCUCGCUCCAUCUCGUUCGGCUGCAACGCGCUAAUAGGACGCUAAGUGAUGGCUGAUAAGGAUAAAUGUGUUUUCGUGAAUGCAAUAAUCGUGCUGCUGGCCGGAGCUCACAUUUGCGCGUCCGUGACCAGCAGCGGACUGCGGAACCUUUCGCUCUCCAUCAAACCACCGUGGGUGCGGCGCGGUCAGGAGGCGCAGCUACACUGCCAGUACGAGAUGGAAGGGGCACCGCUCUAUUCGGUCAAGUGGUAUCGCGGAACGCUCGAGUUCUAUCGGUACUCACCGUUCGAGAAUCCACCGGCGAAGAUCUUCCCGUUCACCGGCAUCAAGGUGGAUAUGACCGUCUCCAAUGCAACACACGUUACGCUGCGCAACGUUGGUUUCAAUCUGUCCGGGAACUUCACCUGUGAAGUCACAGCCGAUGCACCCUCGUUCUACACCGGUGUGGCGACGAACGUGCUGACCGUCGUGGAGUUGCCCCACUCACCGCCAACACUGUGGACCGAGCACACGAAGUACGAUCCGGGUGAUAUACUGAGGGCUAACUGCUCGACACCACCAUCGAAGCCGGGCGCCACGAUAACGUUCCUGCUCAACAGUAUGACGGUCGGUACGGAACCCACGAUUCUUCAUCCGACGCCUGACAAUCUUCAUUGGGCCUCCAGGGAUCUAACCAUACAGCUACUGCCCUCGCACUACACCACCGGGCAGCUGAUACUGCGGUGUUUGGCAGAGGUCGGUACCAUCUACUCGGAGGUUUCCCAAGCACCGCUAGAAUCGAGCCGCAAGGAACCAAUACCGGAGCGAGUUACAUCACCGAACGGUGCAUCCCGGACCGGAUACAGUGAAGCCCAGUCCCGCCAUCUGCUGCUGCUGCUGCUUCUCCUGUUGCUGUCCACCGUCAGUGCCGGGAUGCUGCCUGCACUGGGAGUAAUAAACUCAUUCCGAUCCGCCUGGUUGCCGAUGCGAUAGCUUUCACCGAUGCACCAGCGAGCAGACCCCGUAACUAGUCCUCGGGCAUGCCAACCACGAGACAGGGAUGCCAUUCUGCGUUGCAUUACAAACUGCACCACCAUCAUCAUCCGGGCUGGCAAGCAUCGCGCGCACGGUGUAAUCUAUGCCACUGAAAACAUCGAAUGGAAUGCAGAAAAAGCAAAGCAUGUACAACCAGGGAGGGAAAACUAGAGACAAAUAGAAGCAAGCAACCGGAAUUAAAUCACACCACGAAUGCGAAGGGAAGUUAUGCGGAUACGUGAAUGAGGAGAAUCAAAGAGGGACGGAAAACAGCAUAGAACGUCGGUGGCACCAUCGGCCAGGUAGAGUUUUGUUUAGAAAGAAUAGUAAGUAAUGCGAAAUGAGAUUAAAGGGAAAAUAGCUGUAUCUACAAUCUAGCGUCUGUUUUGCAAGCGUGUGUAUGUGUGUAUGUUUGUGUAUUAUUCGUAUACAACAGUACGUACGUGCAUGAGUGUCCGGUAUGCGUGAAUGAGUUCGGAUCGUGCAUGGCUGCCCUUUAGCAAAGUAUAAAAGCAUGCCGGGAAGUGGAGUAGCCAGUAAGGGAGCAGCUAAACGAGGCUGUAGUUUGUAUUAGUGUAAGCGAACGGAGCACCAUAAAUGAGUGAAUAGCCCGGGAAUCGGUCUCGGACAUUCCGGUCCGCGAGCGACUAACAGGAAAAACCGCGGAAUGUUUUGAUAGAGCCAGGUGAAGCAGAUAAUUAGUAAAUUUAUAAUAAAAAAAAGAUCUCUCAUAAAAAGAAUCCGCGACCGCCACAACAAUGGCUUCUGGCCGAGAUGCAGUCCCUGUGGCCGCAGUGGCAGCAAUUAAUGGAAAUCCAUGAUUUUUGUGCGAAGCAUUAAUGUGAAUAAUUAGCCGUUGGUAGGGUGAACCAGAAAACCAGCAACAUGCAGCUAAGUAAGAGUGAGAAUUAAAAAGAAAACCGGACACUUCGUACCAGCAGCAGCAGCAGCAUCCAAGAAUCAAGCAACCGGCGGUGUAAUGGCUGGUAUUAGCCAGGAAAAGCACAGGAAAAGCUCUCUCACAACGUAUUACUUCAUUUACCAGGCCAGCGGUGAGGGUGCCAAGAGAAUGGUGUCGCAGGAAAGCGCAAGCAUAAUUAGUCGUACCGUAAAUGCUGUAACGAGCGAGCCCGUUAGUGCUAAGCAGUGGAAACAACAAACAAAAAAACCCAAAAAACUUGAUGUUCUUUGUCGGUGUAGUAGUGUGGCAGAGAUUUCGAUUCGCCAUCGCCAUCGCUCUCGGUUGUUACGACGCGGACGAGGGGGGCGAACAGCAACAACGGGGCGCAGGAAAAAGGAUGAUUGUAAAUAGUUCAGCCCACUAACCUUCAGCUCACCCCUUGUCACGCGCAUGUCGAUCGUCAGUUGAUGUCAGUCAAUGGCGCACUGGCGAUGGAAAGGAUAUAUAUAUAUAGAUUAAUAAACGAAAGAAGUGUAUC